AGAGUCUGUUUCAGUUAAAUAAACUAAUCACGCGCUCUGUUACGUAUUUCCCGUGCCGUGGUGACGUAACGCACGUUGCGCGGGAACUGUCGACAUGGAGACGGCAAACGGUGCGGAGCCGGGAGUUGGUGAUGGGGACGGGCCCGAGGCGAGCGGGAGCUCCGCGGCUCGAACAUCAUCCACCGGUGCUGCUGCUGCUGCUGCGUACGAGCUUCCCUGGGUUGAGAAGUACAGACCUUUGAAACUGAGUGAAGUAGUGGGAAAUGAAGAAACAGUCAGUCGGCUGGAGGUUUUUGCCAGAGAAGGAAAUGUACCAAACAUCAUUAUUGCAGGUCCACCUGGCACUGGAAAAACAACCAGCAUCUUGUGCUUGGCACGGGCACUUUUGGGUCCUGCGCUAAAAGAUGCUGUGCUUGAGCUCAAUGCUUCAAAUGAUCGAGGUAUCGAUGUGGUGAGAAACAAAAUUAAAAUGUUUGCACAGCAGAAGGUUACGCUACCAAAAGGUCGUCACAAAAUCAUCAUCCUGGAUGAAGCAGACAGUAUGACAGAUGGAGCCCAACAAGCCCUAAGGAGGACAAUGGAGAUUUAUUCUAAAACUACACGGUUUGCACUGGCUUGCAAUGCUUCAGAUAAAAUCAUAGAGCCUAUCCAGUCUCGUUGUGCUGUCCUACGUUAUACAAAGCUUACUGAUGCUCAGGUCCUUGCAAGACUGAUGCAGGUGGUUGAGAAGGAGAAUGUCCAAUAUACUGACGAUGGAUUAGAAGCCAUCAUUUUCACAGCACAAGGAGACAUGAGACAGGCUCUGAACAACUUGCAAUCAACACAUUCAGGAUUUGAUUUUGUGAACAGUGACAAUGUUUUCAAGGUGUGUGAUGAACCUCAUCCUCUCCUGGUGAAAGAGAUGAUUCAGCACUGUGUUAAUGCAAAUAUUGAUGAGGCAUACAAGGUUGUGGCUCAUCUCUGGAAAUUGGGUUAUUCACCUGAGGACAUCAUUGGUAACAUCUUCAGAGUCUGUAAGACUUUCCAAAUGCAGGAGUACCUGAAACUGGAAUUUAUAAAGGAGAUUGGGUAUACCCACAUGAGGAUUGCAGAAGGAGUGAAUUCCUUGUUGCAAAUGGCUGGAUUACUUGCUCGACUUUGUCAGAAGACUGCAGCUCCACCUGCAAGCUGAUCCAUGAGUAAUAAACUUCAGGCUGUGAUGUUUAUAGAAGCUUGUAAAUUAAUUGAGUGGCAUUAGAUACGUACGAGCACUCUUCCUGUAUUCUUGGAUUCUAUGUGUGCAGCUUUAUUUGGAACUUUAAAAAAAAUUCAUGUAAUAAAUGUAACAAUCUUGAUAUUUACCAAAUCAGUAUAGUUGAGUUGAUGAUGGACAAAUAUUUUUGUUUUACAAUUUCAUACCACAGUAUUGCCUAGUGAUCAUUUUAGCAACAUUUUUGAAGAUCUGUACUUGAGGCAUUGCUAGAUAGAUACUUUAUUGAUCCCAAAAGAAGUUACAGUGUUACAGUAGAAUUACAAGUGCACAGACAUACAAAUAUUAGAAGAGAAGUAAGAAAGAAUAAAAUAUAAUUUACCUCAAAUAGUCUAACAGCAGGGAGUCAUCACUUCCCCGGCUAUAGGUUGACUCAUUAGAAAGUAUAAUGACUGAGGAUAAGAAUAACCUCAUAGUGCUCUUUGGAGCAGCACAGUUGUCUUUGUCCAUUUACUAAAAGUGCUGCUCUGUUCAGCCAAGGCAGCUUGCAGGAGGUGAGCAACAUUGUCAAGAAUUGCCAGGAUUUUCCUUGGGGUCCUUUGUUCUGCAGUGGUCUCCGGUGUGUCCAGUUUGACUCCUGUAACAGAGCCAGCCUUUCUAAUCAGUUUAUUGAGCCUGUUGGCAUCACCUGUGUUGAUCCAUUGCCCCAGCACACCACCACAUAGAAGAUUGUACUGGCAACAACGUACUGGUGAAGGUGAGGCCUGUAUAGUCGACUCGGGCCCUCCUUGUACGCAGCCUCUGUGUUGGUGCUCCACUUAAGUCUGUCAUCCAGGUGCACCUCAAGGUACUUGUAGGUCCUCUCCGCAUCCACCACCUGGCCAUCAGUAGUAACAGGGAGUAGUGCAGACUUAAUCUUCCUAAGGUCCACCAUCUCCUUGUCUUACUGGUGUUGAACUGCAAAUGAUUCAGCUUACAGCAUUUGACACAGUCCUUCACCAGGGCCUUGUCUUCCUCCUCCCGUCCUCCCUUUAUACACAUAACUAUUGCUGAGUUAUCAAAGAAUUUCUGCAGAUGGCAUGACUCAGUGUAAUAUCUCAAGUCUGAGAUACAGGGUAAAUAAGAAGGAAGCCAAUACACUCAGCCCCAUGUCUGACACACAGCUGUGAAGCCACACGAACAAACUGUGGUCUGCCAGUCAGGUAGUCUGUUAUCCAGGAUACAAUGGAAGUGCCAACCUGCAUUGAAUGUUCCCCCAGUAAUGAGGGCUGUAUGGUAUUGAAGGCAUUUGAGAAAUCAAUAAACGUGAUCCUCACAGUGCUGUCCUCCUUAUCUAAAUGGGAGUAGCUUUGUUCAGCAGGUAGAUGACAGCAUCAUCGAUUCCAAUGUGCUCCUGCUAAGCAAACUGCCAGGAGUCAGAUGCACCAGGACCAGCCUCUCUA